UGUGUUCUCAUUUGUCAAAAUGCUGUGUGACGUGCCUCUUGUUCAGUUUGCGGCGCAAGCGCAGGAUGUUAGCUAGAAGAAGCAUCUUUGAAUAAUUUUGGGUAACUUCAUCAACAAGUCUCAGACCAUGAACUACGUGGGUCAGCUGGCGGAGACGGUGUUUGUGACGGUGAAGGAGCUGUACCGUGGGCUCAAUCCCGCCACACUCACCGGAGGGAUUGAUGUCAUUGUGGUGCGCCAGCCUGAUGGUUCACUCCAGUGCUCCCCCUUCCAUGUGCGUUUUGGGAAAUUAGGUGUGCUGCGGUCCAAGGAGAAAGUGGUGGACAUCGAGAUCAAUGGGGAACCCGUUCAGUUACACAUGAAGCUAGGGGACAAUGGAGAAGCUUUCUUUGUGGAGGAAAAUGAGGAUUUGGAGUCCAGAGUGCCAGCACACCUCUGCACCUCCCCAAUCCCCAUGGAACUCCCAAAGGGAAGCGAGGACACUGCCGAGGUUCUGGCUAGCGUGGGGGGAAGCUGGCGUCGGAAAAAACGCCGCCGCAAACGCAUGCGCUCAGACACACACUUGUGGGAGGACGGCAGCUCCUCAUCUGAGGAGAGGGAGAGGGAGAGAGAGAGAGAGAGGGAGCAGGCAGACCUGGAGAGCCCUAUCAAAGUGCCCACUCUGAGCAUACUAGCCAGUAAGUCGGUGUACUACUCUCUGGCUGAGGAGCCGUUUGAAGUGGGUGAGACACAGAGCCGAGACGUUCACCCCCACUCAGAUGGAGAGUGGUCUCCUUCAGAGAGCACUGUGUUCUACAGUCGCCCAUCCUCUCCCAAGAGUGACUCUGAGCUGCUUGUGAAACAGCAGGAGUCCUCCAGACCACAGAUGCAGUGGAGCUGGGGAGGCUUCCCCAAGUUGGAGAGAACCCCUUCCGAAGUGCAGCGCGCCUCAGGCAGCUCUCACUUCCGCACCAUCCACAGGCAGGACUCUUUCGACACGGACUCCGAGGCCACGGUCAUCUGCGGUCGCAUAGACCGGGUGAUCAUGGUUAGACCCCAACCCAGGAUACUGUCUUCAGAUUCAGAACAUCCGUAUAUUGAAAGGAUCCCUUUCACUCUUGAUGACGGACCUCAGUCAUUCCACUCCAGUACAAAAGAUCCACCUACAUUAGCAUCAUUAGCAAUGGGUAUCUUAGAUAGGAUCCAGGUGCUUGAACAAACCUGGGUAGAUUAUCCACAGACAGGGCUGAAACUAGUCAAGCAAACCCCAUCCAACCUAGAGGUUGAGGAGUCCCCGAAUGUCAUUGGCAAAUCAGUUUGUGUUGUGUAUAGUGAGAAUGCUACGAGUGUAGUUACCGAAGAAUGUACCGACAGUAAGGAUGUCAGUCGCCUAUCUGACACAGCUAGCAUAGCCAAUACUGCUUAUUUAUCUAAAGAGACACAAAGAUCGAACACAACCUCUUUAGCAAAGACCAUCAGAUCACCUAGUACUGCUGAUUUAGCUAAUGCAGCUAGUUCCGUUAACUCAGAGUCACUCGUUGACAUUGAGAAGUCCGUGCAGCAGAGUGCUUUGCUGGAGCCAAACCAUCAAGGGCUCACGAAAGGAGUUGUUUUGACCGAGGCGGACAGAAGGAAUGAACCCUGCACUGGGGAAUGUAACCAAAACAAGGAAGUGGCAGGGAUGGACAUGACUACCGAGGCCACACUGACCAACCAUACUGCAGAGAGCUUUGGGGUGACCGAGCUGGCCAAUGAAACCGGAGGGGAGGACCGGUCGGUAGAGGGAACCUUAAAAUCUGAACAGCAGGAUAAGACUAAAGGAAAACGCAGCCAGCACCUGGGACCUUCUGACAUCUAUUUGGAUGAUCUGUCCAACCUCAACCCUAAAGUGGCAGCUCUCUACUUCCCUAAAAGUGAGACGGAGGGCUUGCCGCGGCCGGGCCCGGAACAGGGCUCCACGUCGGGGACCCAGUCCCCGCAGUCUGUGGGCAGCGGGGCCAUGGACAGCGGCACAGAGUAUCUGUCCGACUCCACGUCUGACACCAUGGACGCCAGCAUGUCCCUCUGCGGACGCGUCUCUGACACCAGCCUCAUCAACAAAGAUAAGUUCAUGGAACACAUUGUGACAUAUCAGGAUUUUGUGAACAACCCUGGAAUCAUUGAUGAUCCAAACCUGGUAAUCUGCAUUAACUCAAAGUAUUAUAACUGGGCGGUGGCAGCCCCCAUGGUCCUGGCAAUGCAAGCCUUCCAGAAGAACCUGCCAAAGAACACCAUAGAGGAGCUUGUAAAGGUCAAGAUGCCCAAGAAGUCUGGGCGCUGGUGGUUCUCCUGGAGGAGGAAGGACAUGGACGCCAAUCAGGCCAAUUCAAAGCAGAGCCCUGAGGAACCUCAGACGGAAGCCUCCUGCUCUGUGUCUAUUUCUACGACUGUAAAGGCCACUCUCGAUGAUUUGUCCAGCGAUGAGGAGGCGGGUCUGGGUAGACAAGCCAGCCUAUCAACAGAGACCAUGACCACAGCUCAGUGCAUCAGCCAGAUGUACAGAAAGUCCCUUCGCCUCACCUCUGAACAGAUCGAGCGGUUGAACCUUCGUGAGGGGGCCAACAAGGUUGUGUUCAGCGUGACCACUCAGUACCAGGGCACAUGUCGCUGUGAGGCCGCCAUCUACCUUUGGAACUGGGAUGACAGUGUUGUCAUCUCUGAUAUUGACGGCACCAUCACUAAAUCCGAUGCCUUGGGACAUAUUCUUCCACAGUUGGGUAAAGACUGGACACAUCAUGGGAUUGCCAAACUCUAUCACAAAAUCCACCAAAAUGGAUACAAGUUCUUGUACUGCUCGGCUAGGGCCAUCGGCAUGGCUGACAUCACCAAGGGCUACCUGCAGUGGGUGAAUGACAAGGGCACUGUCCUCCCCAAGGGCCCUGUGCUGCUGGCUCCCAGCAGCCUCUUCUCUGCCCUGCACAGAGAGGUGAUAGAGAAGAAACCAGAGGUGUUCAAGAUUGCCUGCCUGACUGACAUCAGGGACCUUUUCAAUCCCCAAAGACAGCCCUUCUAUGCAGCUUUCGGCAACAGGACCAAUGAUGCAUAUGCCUACAAGCAGGUGGGUGUUGCUGACACUAGGAUCUUCACUGUGAACCCCAGAGGGGAGCUGAUCCAGGAGAACACCAGAGGGAACAAGUCAUCGUAUGCUCAACUUAGCGAGUUAGUGGAGCACUUCUUCCCGGUGGUCCAUACAGAAGGAUCGUCAUGUUCUUUUGACUGCCCAGAGUUCAGCCACUUCUCCUUCUGGAGAGCGCCUCUCCCUCCACUGGACCUGUCAUCCCUCCUCUAGCUCAACACUCAACUUCCUGCUCUGUCAAAUAUCUUUUCUUUUCAAGCAACUUCAAGAAUUAAUUCAAAAAUGUUUGUAUAGGCAAUCGAUAUCCAAUUGGAUCUAAAGGCUAGAUUAGAAAUGUGAUUAAAGGCUACAAGAGUAUGGCGAUAACUGCACAAGCACAUACGGUGUAUACUUGUAUAGUGCAAUGUUUGACAUGCAGUUGGGUAUCAUGAAUGGAAGUGAUAAUUAUUUUCAUUUGUAUACUUCAACACUACUAGCAAAAAGGCAUAGGCUACACAACUGGAGAAAGGAAAAUGUUGUUUUCUCUGACUAUCUGAAACUGCAGGUGGUAGAUAUAUGUUCCACCCUCAAUAUUGAUUUAUUAUUACCACACUGUAGCAUUGUGACAUGAACCAAAAACGAAUGUAUAUGCUUUCAAAGACUUUAUAUAAUGGAGGUGUUCACACCUAAACCCUGAUUGUCCAAGGGAACCCUAUGCCUCAUUUAUUUUGGGUGACUGUCGUUUCAGCAUCCCUAUGUUGGCAAUCAAUCACAAUAAUUGCACAUGCAGCUAGGCAAAGAUAUAAUACCUGUAUUAGAAGUAGCAUUCCAAUGGCCACAAAAUGAAAAAAAGUAUGUCAAUGUUUGAUGAACUUGAUGGUUCACAUUGCCUUUUUGUUUUAUGAGAACCUACCUGGGAGUAACUAAAGCUACUCCCAGGUAGCUUUGAGCAGAGCAGUAUGCGGAGUGAAAUUGUGGAGCAUUUAUGACUAGGUUUGAACACGGUUGUUUAAUGGAAAAGGACAAUGCUUGGGUCUGACAUGGUGCCUUUUGUGGUAAUAUUGAAUAUUUUAUUUAUUUACUUUUCUUAAGAUUUGUUAUCUCAUCUAAAGUGAUGGCAUGAAUUAUAUAUAUAUUUUUUAAACAUGCAUUGGACGAGGACCACUGUUGUGACUGUUACUGUAUGUGUUUUUAUCUUAUUUCUCCAAACAUAAAGUGAAACACUAAUCCACAACACGGCGU